CGAGUUCGAAAGUGGUUUUUGCAUGGCUUUGCUUGCCCAACAAGCCCCUGAUUAGAUAAAUAGAAUUUCUUCGAUUCUUCACAAGUGCGCGUGGGCGCGUAAUAUUUCCGAGUUGAAGUCUCUGCUGCUGUGUCUUGAAGUCAAUUAAUAUUCGCAAAAUGUCCGCCUAUGAACUAAGCAAGCGCGUACAAAUCCGCUUUGCUGUUGUUGUUGUUCUUUUGCUGUUAUGCCUAAAAACACACUACACUGAAGCGGCGCCAACAACAGACCGUAGCUUUACUUACGCCAAGGCACAGGCUAUAAAGAAAUCUGGUGGCAACCCGGACACAAGCUCUUACUUUCGACGCGAUCCCUAUGGCGCCAACACAUAUGCAUUUGGCUUUGAGGUUAACGACAAUCGUAUCGGCAACAUACAGUUUCGCGACGAGCGACGCUAUGUGAACGGCAGUGUGGAGGGCUCCUUUGGGCACGUGCGCCCCGAUGGGCGUGUCAUUGUCACACAUUUCCUCUCGGACAAUGAACGCGGCUUUCUGCACGAGACGCGCACGUUCGAGUCAGGCGACAGCCAGCAAUGGAAAGCGCAUUGGCCCACUAAGCGGCCAAGCAUACUCAUGCAAAGGCCACAGGACAUGCCCACCGAUGCUGUGGUGUAUGAUAAGGACCUACACUUGAAUGUGACGAAUAGUAAAGUGCCAGAGCCUUUGGCAAACGCGCUCAAUGAACAACACGCCAUUGAUGUGAAUGCCGGUACGCAUGCGGAAGAUGUCAUGGGAGAUUUGGCCAUACAGGAUAUUAUUGACGGCAAAGUGCCGUUGCAGAUGAAGCCGGCUAAAGCAGAGACGCACAUUGGCUUUGAGUCGGUGCAUGACUUUCUACCAACCAAUUUUCCAAUUGGCCCUUUUAUAUUGCCACCAAUGUUGGGUGGACUCGGUGUAAGUGGUGACAAAGCGAUGCCUAAAAACGCAAGCAGUCCAACAGGUCAUGAAAGUAAGCAGAAUCAGCAGCAGAUCAAAUAUAAUGAGGCCAAAGUUAAUAAUUCGGAAAAAUUUGUAAAUGUUCAGGAGCUCGAGAAAAGUGCGUCGAAUAAGACAAAGGUUGCAUUCUCAACCAAAGCGCCUCUAUUGGCUGCCACAGCUGGCAGUGCACAUAUUGCCACGGAGCAACCUACUCCAUUGACCAAAGUUCCAGAGAGCGCAGCAUUCGUGAAUGGCAUCUGGUACCAGCAACUAAUUGACCAGUCCAGAAAUGAGUUUCUCAGUAAUUUACCCGAUAAUUCGUAAAGUGGAGAAUAGAGUGAUUAGAGAUAUAUAAAAAUAAAAUUUUAUAUACUUCCAUUUACAUAUUAUAUAUACACUAUAUAGUAUAUAAAUAUAUCACUAAGUUUAUAAGUAUGUAAAACCAAAAUCUUUAAUAAAUAAAUAAAUACGAUUGCCAAACGAGUCAGAA